GGUUGCGUUAUGUACGGACUGGAGCUGGGUUGACGGUUACAAAAGUGUCAAGAAUAGCUGGUCAUUUUGGGACAGAGAAAAUCUCGAAAUAGUUACUUUAAACACGUCUUCUCUGCGAAACAUGUCACAUACCCAAAGUCUUCUUGCGGUCUGAAUCUGACUGACUACUUAACGUGAGUUAACUUCGCUAGCUAACGUUAGGUAGAGUAGCUAUCCAGCUGUCAAGCUAACUACAACAGUAUCAGGUGCUGCUUGCCUGUGCUAACUAAUUAUCUUCGACGAUUAUAGCUACCUACAGUAACUAGCUAACUUCAUCACCAUUAAUCACAUUGCUGCCGCCGAGCAAGGAACAACUGUGGAGCUUGGAGUGCCUGGUCGGUGUUGUGAAUGAGGGAGUCAUGGCAGACCACACCCCCCCACUGGAGUCCGGCCAGAUACUCAGCCCCGACCUCCCGCUCCUCGCCUCGCCUCCCCCUGCCAUGGUCAACGGAGAGGGACCCCAGCAGGUAAUCCUGGUGCAGGUGAACCCAGGUGAGGCCUUCACUAUACGGCGAGAGGAUGGUCAGUUUCAGUGUAUCACAGGCCCUGCUCAGGUUCCCAUGAUGUCCCCGAAUGGUUCAGUGCCUCCAAUAUAUGUGCCUCCUGGAUACGUUUCACAGAUCAUAGAGGAGAAUGGAGUACGACGUGUUCUGGUCUUACCUCAGCAGCCAGAGUUCCACCCUGGGGGCCACUCCCCCCUGCACCACCCCCCUCCUCCACCCCACGCCCACCUGCCCGCCUUCAUGCCCCACCCCGCCAUGUUGCCCCCCCCACCCCACCUCUACACAGGCAUGGCGGGGGACAUGAGCUCCCAGUAUAUACCACAGUACCACCCGGCACACAUUUACUCAGAGCAGGAUUCUCACUCACCACACGGACGCCCGCCGCCGUUCGUCCACCGCGACGAAAGGGCCAGCAAGACCUACGAGCGUCUGCAGAAGAAGCUCAAGGAGCGGCAAGGGGGAGAGAGAGGAGGAGGAGGAGGUGGUCAGAUGAAGGACAGCCCCCCUCCCUCGCCACAGAAGAGUCGAAGCAGCCCCCCCUCCAUGGACAGUAUCUACAAUGGGGUGGUUGGAGGAGGGAAGGGGCUGGAGGCUGAACUGGGACAGGGACAGACCAGCACCACCGCCAAGCAGACGGGCAUGGAGAAAGAACCUGGAGACAUGGAUGAAGAGGCCCUGCUCCUACAGGCCCUGUUGAACACUGUCAGUAAACCAGUGGUGACAGACAUCCAGGCCAGAGGGGCAGUGUUGAGCUGGGUGGCCCCCAGCAGAGCAGAGGGAGAAGGGGUCAGCCCCUCCCUGGAGCCUCUCAGUUACGAUGUGUCCAUCUCCUACAGCGGCAAGGACGGGAAGUACACCAGCACGUACAGUGGUGAACAACUAAGUGUAACUUUAGAAGACCUGAGGCCAGCAACAGACUACCACGUCAGGGUCCUGGCUGUGUGUACAGGGCAGUGUUUACGCGGCAGUCCGUCGGAGGCAGUAGCCUUCACCACUCGGAGCUGCGAACCAGACCCCCCCUGCCCCCCCAGAAAGGCCAGUGGCUCCAAGAGCAGCACCCUUGUCCUCCAGUGGAAGGCCCCAUGUGACAACGGCUCCAAAAUCCAAAACUACACGCUCCAGUGGGACGAGGGGAAGGGGACCGGGGGGUAUGAGCAGUGUUACUAUGGACCCCAGAAGCAGUAUCGGGUCACCAAGCUCUCUCCAGCUUCAAGAUACUCUUUCCGCCUCGCAGCCAAAAACGACAUGGGUGUAAGUGAGUUCUCUGAGACAGUGAACCUGUAUACCUCGUGCAGCGUACCCUCCCCCCCCCUCCCUCCAGAGCUGGUGAAGGCAGGGGUGACCUGGUUGUGUCUGACCUGGCAGAGACCCUCCACUUCCCCCAAGGAGGAUGACAUCUUCUACAGCCUGGAGAUGGAUGAGGACGAGGGUUAUGGCUUCCAACCCAGCUAUGAUGGUGAUGAGCUAUCCUGCACUGUCAAGAACCUGCACAGGAGUACCAAGUACAAGUUCAGGGUGGCAGCCUACAACACUGAGGGGAAGAGUAACCCCAGUCAGGUGGCAGAGUUCACUACCUGUCCAGACAGACCAGGAGGACCAUGUAGACCUGUCAUCAGAGGCAGGGUACUGCCCGACUCCUUCAGACUGGCAUGGGAACCUCCUAAAGAUGAUGGAGGGGCGGAAGUGACCAAAUACGUGGUGGAGAUAUCUGAGGGACUAAGCGGCGUGUCGUGGGAGCUGGCGUACAGUGGUCCAGCCAUGGAACAUGUGUGUGAGGGGCUGAAGCCAGGCCACUCCUACCAGACCAGAGUUUACUGCAUGAGUGAGGGGGGGCAAAGCCCACUGUCAGAGACUCUGCAGGUCCAGACUCCCGCGGUGCCCCCAGGGCAGUGCCAGCCGCCCCGCGUGGUGGGCAAGCCCAAGGCCAGAGAGGUGCAGCUGCGCUGGGGACUGCCGUGUGUGGGCGGUGGCAGCCCGGUGUCGGUCUAUAGUGUGGAGGUGUGUGGCGCUGGUCCUCAGGGGUCAACAGGUCAAGAGGAGGUCAGGGAGGUGUACCAAGGUUCGGAGGUCGACUGCACCGUGGGUAGUCUGCUCCCGGGACGGACGUACAGCUUCCGCCUGCGGGCCGCCAACAAGGCUGGGUACGGACCCCUGUCAGAGCAUUGUGAGGUGACCAUGGGCCCCGGGGCUCCAGAGCCCUGUAAGGCACCUCACAUUACCUGCAAGUCCCCUACUGUGGCUGUGGUCAGCUGGGAGGCUCCAGCCUGUAACGGGGCAGUCGUCUCAGAGUACCGUGUGGAGUGGGGGGCAGCGGAGGGCACCAUGCAGGUGUGUUACAGCGGUGCCAGCCUCACCCACGAGGUCAAGGGACUGCUGCCUGCCACCAACUACUUCUGCCGGGUUCAGGCUGUGAACGUGGCUGGCGUAGGUCUGUUCAGUGAGGCGGUCCUCUGUCAAACUCCUCCUUCUGUACCUGCGGCCGUCAGCAGUGUCCAUGCCCUCAAAGAGGCGGAGCUACGUGGAUACCACACCUCCGCAGACCAGGAGGAGGAAGAGGAGGAGGAGGAGGAGGAAGAUGGACCCCCCACGCCUCCUCUCUACUCCCCCUCCACUUGUCUAGCUGUUGGUUGGGAGCCGCCUUGCGACCACGGGGCUGAGAUCUCCUCCUACCUCAUAGACCUGGGAGAGAGACAGUCCAUCUCUGUAGGACCAGUCACCAAGUAUAUCAUUCAGCACCUGCAACCGGACACCAGCUACAGGAUUCGUAUCCAGGCUCUGAACAGCCUAGGAUCAGGUCCGUUUAGCCACACCUUUAAGUUGAAGACCAAGCCUCUCCCUCCCCAGCCCCCCCGGCUAGAGUGUACUGCUUUCAGCCACCAGACCCUCAGGCUGAAGUGGGGUGACGGCCCGGCCAAGGCCAACCCCUCAGAUGCCCUCCAGUACCAGCUGCAGAUGGAGGACAAGAGAGGCAGGUUUGUCUCCCUGUACAGAGGGCCCUGCCACACUCACAAAGUCCAGCGGCUCAAUGAGUCUACCUCGUACAUGUUCCGCAUCCAGGCCUUGAACGAGGCGGGCCAAGGCCCCUUCUCCACCGUUUACACCUUCACCACCCCCCGCUCGCCACCCGCCCCUAUUAAAGCUCCACGGGUGGAGCGUGUGGAGGACAUGUCUUCAGUCUGUGAAGUGAGCUGGGAGCCCCUGCUGCCCAUGAAGGGAGACCCCAUCAUCUACACAGUGCAAAGCAUGAUGGGUAACUCUGAGUACAAACAGGUGUAUAAAGGUUCUGCCACGUCCUACCAGAUGCCUGGCCUGCAGACCAACAGUGAGUACCGCUUCAGGGUGUGUGCCAUCCGCCAGUGCCAGGAUGCUCCAGAGCUGAGUGGUCCCUACAGCCCCACGGUGACGCUCUCCCCCCAGCGCAGUGAGCUGUCAGCGGGCAGUGUGAGCAGUGUGGGCCCCCGGGCUGGAGCUGACCCCGCCAGGCCCCUAACAGAUGAGCAGUGGGCUGCUCUCAUCAUCAUGCUCUGCGCAGUCAUCUCCAUCCUCAUCGCUUUCAUCAUCCAGUACUUUGUUAUCAAGUGAGCUGUAUCUCCCGUGUUUCUCUCCUCCGUCUCCUCCUCUUUUGUUCCUCCCUUCCUUCUCCUCCAAGCUGCAGGGUUACAGCUUUAAUUUCCUGUCGAUGUUGUAGUUUAUUUCUGUUGUCACCUCUGUGUGAUUAUGAUUAUAGCAGAGGGAGGGAGUCCAGGAGGAAAUGAUAUGUAUUGCUAUGACACCUUCCUGUCUUCCCCUCCCUCACCUCCCUUUACAGAAGCCUCUCAAUGUUUAUCAAGACUCCGCUGUGGUUGGUUACCCUGCACAGAAUAGAGUACCACAUUAUUAGUCAUAAUUACCCAUAAGACCUAGCGCUUAAACAGGGUAAUGGUUCCAAUAUUUUUUCCACCAUUCAUUUUUCCACAUAGGGGAUUUUAGAAACACUUAAAAUAAGGGCUGUGUUUUCUGUAGGCUUAGCCUGGCGUGACGUUUUUGAUAACCGUGUAAAUCUCUUUCAGACAAAGUGACUUUUGUCAAUGUAUUUGCCUGUAUUUACCAUGCAAAACUUAAAUGCUAAUUAGCUGCUAAUGUGGCUAUCAUAAAGAACUACAAAAACCAUGAUGAUCUGGACGAGACUGACGAAUCGAGGCGAAGGUAAGAAUCUCUGUAUUAACUAUCUAAUGUUAGCUAAAUGUAGUCAUUAAUAAAUUGGCAAAAAAAUAAAUAAAUGGACAAUUCUGACAACUGUCUUGUGCAAGUAUUAAAUUGACACAAUGCCUGUUAACAAAGGUGUCAGCUAGAGACGAGGUGCAGGAGCAUGCUGGGAUUUGUAGUUUUGCAUGUUGUCUACUUUGACGCUAAUUAGCAUUUUCACAUCUGAGAGUA